UCGGUCGUGGACCUAAAUCCAGAGCCGUAUAUACUGUUUGCCAGGGGCAGUAAGGAGCGCAUAAAAUCGGGAACGGCUGAAACAGCCGUUGGAAAGAUUUGGACAACCAAAAUGUACCACAUGUUCCAGAGACCGAAAAACGAAAGCCUGGGAACCACCCAUUCGUUGCUAUUGACAGAAGCUGAUCUUCAAGUACUGUUGAACCAUUCCGUUCCACAGGAGUUCCAAGGGACAGGCUACUUUGCGGUUCGGAUUGACGCAACUGUGCUUAAUGAAGUGCAAGUCGUCCUAGAGCUUUUUAAAGAAGACGGCAACCGCACGUGGUCACAACGGACUAAAUCAUGGUGCCAUUUCGAGCAUGACGGGGAUAUUUUGUACGUGCUUGUCGUUUAUUAUGACCAUUCGCAUAAUGGUUUCUGCAAAACUAUCAGCUUUGUUGUGGACGGACCGAACUCAACCGAAAUGGAUCUCGCCAUCAGCGAUCUUGUGAUUAUCCGUUAUUACUGGAAGGCCAAUUUUAAGCCGAUCAGUUUCGACCCGAAGCAGUAUCCCGAAAGCCGACUUCCCUCGUAUUUCAAGAGAAGGCUCGCUCCCAAGCUGAGCAACACUGGUCGCGGGCCGGUAGGAGCUCCACGUCACGCACUGAAAGAAGUUAUUGAAGAAACUCCUGCUUCACUCAUUCGCGCCAACCCUUCCUUCCAAAUUUCAUCUGUAAGGCAAAUAAAAACAGCAAAAAAUUCAAUGAAGAACGAACGAUUUGGAGGAGACAAACUGCAGUACAUUCUGGAUUCUAGAAUUGUGGAAUCUCAUUUCUAUCAGUCUUGGGAUUUUCGUCCAGAAGCGCGCUUAGUUAAGCGACAGGUCCAUUUUGUAACGCGAAAGUACCAGCUGGACUUGGUGGCGAAAUAUUGCUUCGGCCCGGCGUCUACGUCCGUAGACUUGGACGUGAAAUUCAACCUCACAAAUGCUUAUACCGUUGUCUUGACAUGCCGGCUACCCGGCAUUUUUCACAAAGAGCGGCGAACACCCUUUGUACUAAUAGGCAUGACAGCGUUGUCCGAGAAGAAGGAUGCUGCGGUGUUCGAAGAAGUUGCCCUUUGGCUUCAUUCGCAGAUGAUCAGACGGGGCGUGCAGAUAAAGAACACAGACGUAUCACGGAAUUUGAAGAUUAAAACGGACGAUGAAGCUGCCCUCUACAAACCUUUUAUUGAUGUCUUUGAGGCACCCCAUACUCUAUGUUGUAACCAUUUUGCCAAAUCGUGCGACCGAAACAUGGCGAAACUUCGGGCAAGCCAAAGUCUUUCCCAAGCUUGGCAGCGUCGGAUUUUUGGCGACAUUGACAGGGAAUCCAACACCUAUACAAGAGGAACAGUCGACGAAGAGACGUUGGAGGAGAUGCUGAAACACGUGAGAGAAUUCGACCGCGCGGACGAAAAUCCGGAAGUACUUAAAUUUUUAACAGAAUCGAGAAACGGAAUCAAGAAACUUCACGCAAAAAUGGGCCCGGCAAUAAGAAGGAUUUUUGGCAUUUAUCCAAAUUUACCGCACACCAACGAUGUAGAAGGUGUCAACAACCUACUUGGCCUCGAAGCUGGAAAGAAGCUGCAACAGUGCGAAUUGAUCGAAAGACUGGAUAAUCUACUUCAGUCGAAAUGUGAAGAUAUAUGCCGCGCGUUGAUGGAACUUGGAGAUUACUCAGUGAUCGACAACGAGCUGUUGAUUAGAAAAGCCGAACGGACCAAUAAAAAUGUCAUGGAAAAAAAAUUCAAAAAGUUUUUCGGAAGCGACCCAGAUCCAGAGAAAACGCUCAGUGUAUGGAAAGCAACUGUUGAUGACCUUUCGGAAAAUGAUGUGGAUUUAAUCGACAUCUAUCAGCAACGAGCGUUGUCCCUGUUGCAAGACCGCUCCAAAACCACUAAAGCCGUGGCAGCAAGGAGCGAGUCCAUUCGUUAUUUCGAAAGAAGAGCAGGUCCACGCUUUAUGUUGCUGCCCGGGCUGUAA